CUGUGUUACAGACUAAGGGACAUUCUCUGCUGAUAGGUGAAGGUACAUUCUCUGCUGAUAGACGUCCACGCCUCGAAGGAAGUCGAUCCACGGAUUAGGCCCUGGAAACCGUUUCCUUCAGCGGUGAUGAUACAGCAAUGCAGGAGGAGGAGAAGAAAGCAUUCACAUCGCUUAAUAAUGAGAACAGCAAUACCAUCCGUCCAGCAGACAAGGGUUUCCUUUGCAAGACAAGUCCAGGCUUCAGAAAUGGGUGAGCAACAUGAAGAGGGAGCAGUGGACCCCUAGUCGACAUCAGUAUCUGUGCAGUGAGCACUUUACAGCGGACUGCUUCGAUAUUCGAUGGGGAAUCCGGUACCUGAAGAAUACAGCCAUCCCCACCAUUUUUCCUUCUAGUGAAGAUGACGAUGAGAAGAAAACGACAAACCUGAAAAGAAGCCUCAAGGCUAAAACCAACAUUUCACUCGGUGAUCCUGAGCUUGCAACAUUCGACUCUCCUGCCAGUAAAAAAAGGCCACUCAUUUUGAGCAAAACAGGCAGAAAGUCCCAGUCAGCAGUGAUAAACAAUAUGUCUGGGGAACGCACAGAGAUGGUAUUUGAACCUGCAGUGUUGGACUCUCAUUUAGAACGUUCUGAGAUACAGACUGGUGCUUGUGAGAAACCACUUGAUGGUGAAACGGCAGCACAGUCUCCAAGCAGGGAACUCUGUUCUGAAGAGCAGGCCGAGUCCACUGUGACUGUAUUGUGCUGUGAGCCAGGUUCAUUCUCUGAUGCAGGGGCAAACAUGGAUGGAGAUGCAUUCCAGGCAGUGCUGGGUCAGGCUUUUAGCUUUGUCCCCAUGGAACUGGUCAAGGACAAAACCACAGGCUGUUUUUUAGCAGAGAGUGGACUCACUGAUGAAGAGAAGGUUUCUGUUUUUGAGCAUUCGUACUGCAGACCGGAUACUGACAAAGAUGAGCUCUGGAGGAAGAUCUUGAGUUUGCACGCAAAGAUCUUAGAACUGGAUCGCAGGGAGGAGAGCACGGUGGCUAAGAUCCGUGCCCUGGAGAACGAGGUAGCCCUCCUGAAGAGGGAUGGUGCUGUUUUUAAAGAGAAGCAGAAAGUUUAAAAGAGUGUAUAUCAUCUGUGCUGGUCUGAAUUUUUACAAGAUGGAACGAGAUGUUAAUAUAUUCUUACAGUUAAUUUGCUUUUGUAGAAAUGUUGCAAAUGCUUUCAUACAAACCUUACACAAAGCACACCAGAAGACGCUGCGCUUCAGUCAUAUGUCUGCUGGAUUCCUUAAUGCUGACCUGAAUUUAUGCGUACACACAUAAUAAAGUCAGACCAGCCUCAGACCAUGCAUAUCCUCAAAGGAUGAAGCCAUGGCUGUUUUAGACAAUUUAAACACAAUUUCUAACAAAAUAAUAUAGCAAAUACCUAAAAAAAAA